AUGGAUAACGAAAAUACUCCUCCAAAUUUUCCUCUAUACCGCCCUAAGAGAAUGAUAGAAGAAGAUUUGCCUGCGGAAUUUAAUAAAAAGGAUGAAAUGAGGGAGCUGUUUACUUCAUUUAUAUCUACCCAACAAAGCCAAACACAGGGAAUUAUUGAUGACUUGAAGGAAACACAGCUAACCAACUACAACAUAGAAAAUUCUAUUGCUUUGCUCACAAGUCAAAAUGAACAAUUCCAACAAAAAAUUGAGAGUCUCGAGGGCCAAGCCAAGAAAGAUCAAGUGGGAUUAAAACCAAAAUGGUUAGUGAAAGUGAUAGUGUGGAAAAUGGCCGCCGUUCACGACGUUCUCGGAAAAGUUAGCGUCGCCGUCGGCACCAUAGUACCAGCUCGGAGAAUACCUCAACAAGCCAGGACCGAAGUCUAUAUCGGAAGAGGAAACGUGGAUACAAAAAGCAUCGUCCGAAGGCGGCGUCAAAGAAGUCCAAUAACAUGGUUCCAAUGGAUAACAAGAUCAAUGAAACACAACAGGCAAGGCGUGGCUGGUGAGGGGCCGCUGUUUGCAGCUGAAGCGGCUGUGAUGGUGGCGGUGGUGCUGCGGUAUCGGAUGGCGGCGCGGGCGGCGCUAGCGGGGUGUACCAAGUGGUGCGCGCCUGUGCCGGGUGCAGCUGGGGUUGGUCGUCGGCCGCCGGCGUCGCCCACUGCAGCGCGGGCGCGUUUGGCGGCUCCGACGGUACCGAACCGAUGGUCUGCUGGUGGGCCGUUUCCUGCUUGA